AUAUAUAGUAAUAUAAAAUAAUAAUAGUUUGCUAGCAUGACAAGUUAAUAUAUGCGUUGGCAUGCUAGGGGAUGCAAGCAGCUGUGCGGAGCGGUUCUCAUAGAAAAGUGUUUAAUAUCAUCAAUCAGACGAAGAAAUGUCACAGUCAGUUUACGAUCGACUUUCACCAGGAAAUACUCUACUAUGGCAAACUUUAAUUCGUGUUCAGAUUAAAUCUUGUACAAUUUGGUAUCGAGUUGGACUGCAUUCUGCAAUGAAGAGACUUAAUUAGUGAAGCCAGAGGUGACUCCUACAAGCAUAAAAAUCCUUCGGUCAUAGCAAAAUGGAGAAUGGCUCUCUGCAGAUUACAUUUUGAAGUUCAGAAACAUAAAAGUAUAAGAAGAAUAAUACCCGAAUGGUACACAGACCGUGUGGUCAAGAUUUCAUCCGCACUCGAGAGAGUGAAAUGAUGAAAGCGCGCUGUGUGCGUGGAGGCGGAAAAGAAGAUCGUGAUAAUUCAACAGAAAAUAACGACGUUAAAAGACUUUUUGAUGCAGCAAAAAUGAAUCCGGCUUUCAGCAAAAGCAAAUCAGUAAAAGCUUCUUCUGUAAGUCCAUAUCAUGGCAUCUUUAGCCGAUCUUCCACCCCUCGGCUUUACAUCAAGGGGGCACAGAGUGAUGCACCCAGAAGGUCAUGGGGAAAUUUUACCUGGUUAUACAUCUCGAGGGCAGAGAGUCAUGCAGCCAGAAGAUCAUGGGGAAAUUUUACCUGGUUAUACAUCUCGAGGGCAGAGAGUCAUGCAGCCUGCAGAAGAUCAACAAGAAGAAAUGAAUGCACCUCCUGACUAUGACAUUCAAGAAUAUAUUACUGAAGAGCUGUAAAUUUAGUACGUUCAAAAAUUAGAAAAAUAGAUAGAACUAUAUCUUUCUUUCAUCCUUCUCUCAAGCAUGGACAAGUCCCCAAGGACUGGAAUAGAAAUUUACACUAUAUGUCAUACCAGUUUGAUGCCAAUAUUCAAAGUGAAAGGAGACUGAAGGAAAGCCAAUAGCUACAGACGUACCAUCUAGGUACUUAGUUCGAUAGUACUGACAAUAACAUCACUGCAGAAAUAAUAUGAAAAGCAAACUCUUCCUUAGGUUUCUGCCUUAACGGAAUCUCAAGUGAUAACUGAUCAUAACAGAACAUGCCUAUCUUGCUCUGGUCAGACCAAAACCGACUAGAGUACACCAUCAGCACAUGGGACCCUCAUCAGAAUUUUUCUCAAAGUUGAAGCUUUUUCAGGUUUUUCUUUACAGCGUUCGCUUAGAUCGAUUAUUCACUGUGAUGAUCAAUACUCUAACAUUAUUACACCACAAAACAGUUCUAUCCAUUCAAUUCACAAAAAGACCUCUGCUAGCAGGGUAAAAAGUAGCAAGACUUUUAGUUAAAUAUGAUGUGAUUACUAAGAUUGUCAAACACCUCAGCUCAUAGAACCUGAACUACCUUCGUUGAAACCGGCAAAGCAGGGGCGGCGGAAGCUGAAAAAUGUUGGGGGGGCACUCCAAUAUUUCACGGUACCUUGAA